AUGUCAUGCAACCAAACGAAAUCAAAUCUCACAAAGAAAAUAAGCGAGAGGAAGUUAGAAACAAUUUGCCAACUUCAAAAUGAAUUAAUUAAAUUACAAAUAGAAUUAGGAAUAGAAGAAGCAGCAGCAGAGGAAUACGAGGCACACCAAGAAAUCCUACCUCGCACAAAUUUAGACAGCAAAGGAGAGCCGGUGCUAAGUGCUGGCUUUAUAAAUAUUGAUGGAAAAGAAGAAUUAGAGUGGUAUACUAGCGAGCACCUUUUCCAGGCAUUAAAAUUCACUGGAACUAAUAAAGAUAUUGACUUAGUUAGGCAAAUUUUAAAUCAAACGGAUACUAUGCAAGCACUUAAACUAGGUCAAUCAAAAUUGGCUAGAAGCAAUGGUCCUGACGAAAGAGGAGCAAACCAUUUGGGCGAAAUAUUAAUGGAAGUAAGAGACGAAUUAGCAGCACAAAAUCAGCCUUUGAAUCCUGUUAAUCCUCAACCCGUCUCUCCUCCUACACCGAACCAACCCACGCCAGGAGAAAAUAAUAAUCCCCCACCUAACUCACCAUCCCCAAAUUCUAACGGCCCCAGCAAUAAUGAGCCAACUGACAAUUCCAAUAACAACCCUGAUUCUACUCGGCCUAAUGACAAGCAAGAAAAUAACGAUAACUCCAAUAACCCUAAUAUUGAAUUACCUGCUCUCGAUACCGGAAAAAUAACUAACGCUGAAAAUAUUGAAACCGCCCAACUUAACGCUAAACAACAAAUCCAAGAAUUAUUCAAUAAAAGACUAACAACUAGCCAAGCAAUAGUUGAAUUUUCCCAACUACUGGAACAAAAAAUUAAAGAAAAACAACAAUCGCUUAAAAACAAAAACAAUAUUAACUCACCCGCUAAACCUAAUUCAGCAAAUAAAGUAUUAAUUUUUUCCUUGGGUGGCGUUAGUUUAUUAGUUGGUGGAGCCUUUGUAAUUGGGAAAAAUACCAAAAGUUCCCCUCCGGAUAAACCAGUUAAAGAAGAAAAAGAUAAUCGGAAACCAAAUCAACCUCAUAAUCCUUCUGAUAAUGAUAAUCCACCCGAACUUCCUGAUAAUCCACCGUUACCUCCGACGCCGAAUGAUAAUGAGACGAAUUUCUCGGUUCUUGCACCAACUAAAAAUGAACUAGAAUACAAAACCAAUCCACCUUUACCCAUUUCUUCGGUCGGAACUGAUUAUAGCCAACUCGGUGAGACUAACAAGAACAGUUUAUUACCUGGUUCGGCUUUACUGACCGACACUUUGGAUGGCUCGGGCGGUGCCGACCGAUACAAAUUUGAAAAACUGGCUAUUCCUUUGGUCGGUGGUGGCAUUUAUUUAGGAAGUUGCGACCCUCAGAAAUUGGCAGAAGGAAUAAUGAUUGGCAAAAUUAAACAUUCUCGUUUUGGCUGUGAAAUUGCCAAAAAUACGGCAAAAUUUGUGAAUAUCGAGUCUGGGGAUAUUUGCAAUAAAGACAUCCAUGAAGCCCAUGUAAUUGUCAACGCGGCUAAUACCCAAGCCAAAUUUGGCGGUGGGCUUUCAGGCAAAAUUGCCGAAGAAGUUGGAGAUAAAACUAAAAUAGAGCAAAAGGCUGAGGAAUGA